UGGAAGGCCUUAAAAGGAAACUGCAGAAUGAUACCACGCUCUACAUGAGGUACAAUGAUGUGAUACAGGAUUAUCUGCAACAAGGUAUCUGUGAGGACGUGUCAGAAAACCCUACAGCAACGAAGCAACACAAGGCUGUGGAAUACUACAUGCCACAUCAUGCUGUUCUCAGAGAAGACAAGGUGACAACUAAAUUGAGAAUAGUAUUUGAUGCAUCAUCACACGAGGAGGGUUCUGCUUCACUGAAUGACUGUUUGCUGAUUGGACCAAACCUCAACCCGAACCUGUUGGAUGUGCUAAUCAAGUUCAGACUCCACCAGGUAGCCUUCACUGCGGAUAUUACAAAGGCUUUUCUGCAGAUAGCGGUAGCAGAAAAGGAUAAAGAUGCUGUGAGGUUCUUGUGGCUUCAUGGACCUCCAACUAAAGAUUCAAAAAAUGAACUGCGAGUUUUGAGAAUGAAUAGAGUGGUGUUUGGAGUUUCUCCUAGCCCAUUCUUGUUAGCUGCAACAAUAAGAGAACACAUAAAGCAGUAUGAAAAUGAACACCCGACGACAGUGAAAGCUUUGAGAGAAUCACUUUAUGUGGAUGAUUUUAUCUUCAGUUCGUGUAAUGUGGAUGAAGCUCUCUCAGUCACCACAACAGCGAAGAACAUCCUGUCUCAUGCCAGCAUGGAUUUGUGCAAGUGGGUGACAAACUCACCAGAACUGAGAGCAAAAUGGACAGAAUGCGGAUUGGAACACACAACAGAAACUCACGCCUGUGGAAAUGUGCUGAAGGUGUUGGGUUUAGUAUGGAAACCAGAAAGUGAUGACUUUGUGUUUGAUUUAAAUGGACUUUUGGACAUUUUGAAAGAAAGAAGGAACACAAAGAGAAGUGUAUUGCAGACAUCAGCACGUAUCUUUGACCCAAUUGGUUUCCUCACUCCAUUUACCAUACGGGUAAAAUGCUUGUUUCAAGAACUGUGGGAAAGAGGGAUUGGUUGGGAUGAGGAUUUGCCUCCAGAUUUGACAGAAAAAUGGGAUCAAUGGUGUGAAGAGCUUCCUCAGCUCCACCUGCUGUCCAUUCCGAGGUGGUACCAAGUACAACAAAACCCACAGACAAGCAAACUGCACAUCUUCUGUGAUGCAAGUGAAAAGGCAUAUGGUGCUGUUGCUUAUCUGCAAGGAAAGAACAAAGAAGGAGAAGUUGUGACUAGAUUUGUGGUCUCCAAAUCCAAGGUAGCCCCUUUGAAGAAAUUGACGCUACCUCGUCUGGAACUCAUGGGAGCAUUGAUUGGAGCAAGACUAGGAAAUAAUCUUCUCAAGCCACUGAACAUGGAAAAAACUCAGCUCAAGAUGUGGACAGAUUCCAUGAUAGCGUUUCAUUGGAUACGCAGCACAGCACAAAGAUGGAAGCCAUUUGUGGCCAACAGAGUGACUGAGAUACAAAGUCUCACGGAUCCCGAACUUUGGUCACACUGCAGCGGCAAGAACAAUCCUGCUGACCUACCUUCCAGAGGCCAGAGUGUCAAGAACAUCAUCCAUAAUCAGCUGUGGUGGAAGGGGCCCACUUCAAUGUCAGCAGGUAAUGAAGCGGAGACUAAAAAUGGAGAUUAUGUGGCAGAUGAAGUCAAUGCUGAGCUCAGGUCUAAUUUUCAAGCAGUAGUGCAGCUGACUAGAACAGAACCAGCAGAACCACUGUUAGAUCUCGAGGAGCACAGCAGAUUAAAAACAGUGCUGAGAAUUACUGCAUGGGUGAAAAGAUUCAUAGAUAAUGCACGCUCAAGUGAAAGGGUGCAUGGUGAACUGACAACCGAAGAACUCAAUACAGCAGAAAUAUAUUGGGUUAAAGUGACUCAAGAGCAGAGUUUCAGUCAAGAAAUCUGUCAGCUAAAAUCUGGACAGAAUAUUAAGAAUGACUCCAAAAUCAAAGACUUGAAGCCUUUCUUAGAUGAAGAGCACAUCAUUUGUGUAGGAGGCAGGCUACAACACUCUGAUUUCAGUUUCAGGGAACAGCACCCCUGGAUUUUACCGACAAACCACCGGUAUUCAGAACUACUGGUUAAGUCCUGCCAUGAGAGAGUAAUGCAUUCUGGGGUCAGAGACACUCUAGUUCAAUUGAGAGAGAACUUCUGGGUUCUAAGAGGGAGACAACUUGUCAAACGGGUCGUGUCACAGUGUUACAUUUGCCGAAAGCUGAAAGUGAAACCAGCUCAACAAAUUAUGGCUCCGUUACCGAGAGACAGAGUUACUGAGUCCCCACCCUUUGAAGUAACUGGAGUAGAUUUUGCAGGGCCAUUGUAUGUCAGAUCCAACACUCAGCCCAAAAAGGCAUACAUUGCUCUUUUCACAUGUGCUGUUACACGGGCAGUACAUUUGGAGCUGGUCUCAGAUCAGUCAACGGAACACUUUCUCUUAGCCUUAAAGAGAUUCAUUGCAAGGCGAGGACUGUGUAAAGUUAUCUAUUCAGACAAUGCAAAGACAUUCAAAAGAGCUGACCAAGAUCUCAAGAACUUAUGGCGUUCAUUCAACGGAGCAGAGCUCAGAGAGUUCUUCACGGACAAAGGAGUCACCUGGAAAUUUAUAGCCGAGCGAGCUGCUUGGUGGGGCGGCUUUUGGGAACGUCUAGUGAGAUCUGUCAAAACAUGCUUGAAGAGGAUCCUGGGGAAGACUUCACUGAACUUCGAGGAGCUGACAACCACGCUUGCAGAAGUGGAAGCCGUACUGAACUCCAGGCCCCUCUCAUAUGUGAGUAGUGACGCAUCAGAGCCACAGCCACUCACACCUUCUCAUUUCCUAGUUGGGAAAAGACUGACGUCUCUACCACCAAAGACUUUGCUAACACGGUCUCAAGUCACCACUGCGACAAGAGAAGAAAUAGGUUGAAGAUGGAGGUAUCGACAGAGACUGUUAUCCGGGUUUUGGAGCAGAUGGAGAAAGGACUACCUGAUGGACUUGAAGUCAGCCCACAAGUGUCAGCUGCCGACACCCACUACGUUGAAGGUGGGAGAUGUUGUUCUGAUUGGCGAUGACAACGUUCCAAGGCAAACGUGGAAGAUGGGCAGGAUAACUGAACUGUUUCCUGGAAGAGAUGGACUCAUACGUUCCGGUACUGUUCGUACUUCUACGGGAAGUGUGUUGAGAAGACCUAUUCAGUUAAUGUAUCCUUUGGAGAUUUGUUGACUUAUUGUUUGCUUGUGAUGAACAAUUGUCCAUCGGGGGGGAGAAUGUUGUGAAAUGUUUGGUUAAAAUGCAUAAUUGAAUUCAUCGUGAAUAAUAGUUCAUUGUAAAACAAGCUAAAAGAAAUAGUUACAUUAUAAAACGUUUCUAUUUACAUUAUUUACAUUGAAAAGUGAUAAAUACACAGCUAAAAUUAUUCUGAUUAUUAUUUCCUAAACAGUUAAUAUACUGCUAGAGAUUUGACAGGAAGUGCUUUUAUUUUGAAUUGCGACAGAGGGAGCUGUUGUAUUUGUGUUACCUGAAGAAGAAGAGAAUAAGAAAAAGCAAGCUAUGCUGAAUGAGCCCUUGUUAUGGCACAAUGCCUUUGUUUCAUGUUAAACUGCAGCAUUUUAAGCAGUAAAUGUUCAAGUUCAAAAGCGAGCGUCUUGGUCAUCAUUGAGAAGCUUCCACUACC